CUACUGGAAACGCAGGACUCAGCGGGCACAUAGUGAGAAGCUCACACACUAGCAACCAGAUUCCGCUCUGGAUAUUAUUGGACACCCAAUCGAUCGGAUGUGCAAUAUGACUUUUGAGGAAACCAGUGGAGAUAAUUCUUCAGAAAGGAUGGAAUCGGUGGCUAAAGCGCUAGAGGAGGUCCUGAGCUCCGCGUUGCCUCAGGGUUGCAUCACCGCUGGAGUCUAUGAGGCAGCGAAGUCACUAAAUGCGGAUCCAGACAAUGUGGUGUUGUGUCUGCUGGCCACAGAUGAUGAGGAGGAUGUGGCUCUACAGAUUCAUUUCACCUUGAUCCAGGCAUUCUGCUGUGAGAACGACAUCAACAUCCUGCGGGUGAGCAACAUGAGGCGCCUGGCAGAAAUACUUGGAGGAGUGAAGCCUGGAGGGGAGCCCAUGGACCUGCACUGUGUUUUGGUUACUAAUCCUCAGUCGUCACUGUGGAAGGACCCGGCUCUGAGCAAAGUGAACAGAUUCUGCAGAGACAGUCGCUGCUUGGAUCAGUGGGUGCCCGUUAUCAACCUGCCCGACCGAUGACACUGCUUGGGAAUAUUAAUGUAUUGUGUGCAUUGGGGGAAAAGUAACUGCACAAGGCCUGUGUUAAUGUCCGUGUUGGACUCGUUUUGGAAAGUGCCCCACAGAGACAGCAGGGGCAGAAAAAAAUGAACACAAGGAAGCGAAACAUUCCAACAAAUUUACCAGGUCAGGGUGAACUUGUGUGCCAAGGAAGAGUGACUCAGCAGUCUGGGUUCCAGGAUUUCCAACGUAUGACUGCACCUCUCUCUGCUGAGAAAGAAGCCUUUACAGGAAGCGGGAAUCAUGUGAGAGGACAAGCACACGUGGUCAUGAGCACAAGCUCAGGACUGAGGAAAGGCGGACAGAGAGCCUCAGUUGACAAGACUGGACUGGAACUGGAGUUGGAGUGGACCCGUCAGAGCUCUCAGCUUGAAGAAUUUCUCAUGAAAAUUCGACCAAAUCCAGAUUUUCUUUACCAGCACAUUUAUUUAAGUAUUUAAGACUUGUCACUUUGAUAAAUCAAAAGGGAAAGGUUUCACAGUUUAUUAUUAUUAUUAUUAUUAUUAUUAUUAUUAUUAUUAUUAUUUUAAGGGCAAUGCAAUGUUAGGCUUGUCCACUAACUGAUGUUGUUAUUAAUUUAAUGAAUGAUAUUUAUUGUGCAUAGUUCAUGGAAUUCUGCCUUGUUAAGUUGAAUGAAAUAAACAAACGACCAACAGUUCA